UACCAAACAACUAUUACGGAAGCUAUGCCUCUAGCGAAAUGGUUCCGGAGUAACCAAAGAGGAAGCACAGAAGAUGGAGAUAUUCACCCACUAGUUGAAACAGGAAAUGCCAAGACGAACACCAACUCCACAGCCCAACGGUCCAUUCGAUCCCGCUCUCUUGGUUCCAGCCUGCGUGUUACUCGAGAUGCGUCUGCGGAGGAAGAGCUACAAUGUACUAGGUGCAAAUCUCGACGUCGAUUUACGAUCGACGGUCUCACAUACCGCCACAAGCAUGGUGAAGAUGGAUGGAGUUGCAACGAUGUAGCAAGGGGUUCCAUGUUACUGGAAGACAGCACAACAUUGACGACUCAGACUCACUUGGGCGGCUUUAAGCUACAUUUUGGUCGAACUCAGCUGAUGGCAAUCCCGUUCCCGCCGAAGACGCAUCCAUCGAUCAUCUUCAUCGACUGUCCACCGUAA